AUGUACCAGCGCAGCUUCGUUUUCCAGGCCCACCAGGAGCGCUAUGAGCAUGCCCAGCCCGCGGGCCCUGCCGUCCUGCCUGGGGGAACUGCACCCGGCAUGACGGCGCUGCAGGCUCUGGGCGAGCGUGUGGCCGCCCAGGUCCAGCGGGCCCGGGCGCUCCAGCAGCGCCAUGCCGCCCUGCGGCGACAGCUCGACGCCUUCCAGCGCCUGGGCGAGCAGCCGGGGCCCGAGGACGCCCUCGCCCGCCACGUCGAGGCCAAUCUACAGCGCGUCCGCGACCUGGUGGCCGAGCGCGCUCGGCUGGAGAGGCAAGAGGCCGAGGCACAGCGAGAGCUCGACGAGUUUCGGAGCAAAUACGAAAAUGAGCGUGAAAGUCAAGUGGUGCUGAAAGAAAUGCUGGACCGGCUUAACAAGAAAGCUGAUGAAGCCUUAUUGCGUAACCUGCACCUGCAGCUGGAAGCACAGUUUCUGCAGGCAGACAUCAGUGUGGCCAAGGACAGGUACAAAAAGAAUCUUCUGGAAAUUCAGACCUACAUCAGCAUCCUGCAGCAGAUUGUUCAGGCCACUCCUCAAGUGUGCCCGGCUACUGGUGGGAUGAGGGAGGAGAAGCUGUUGACAGAACGGGAAGUGGCUGCCCUGCGGAGCCAGCUGGAGGAGAGCAAGGACACACUCACUCACCUGCAGGCACAGAAAGCUGAGCUGCAGGCUCAGACAGCAUCCCUCGAACAAGCCAUUAAACACGCACAUGAGUGUUACGAUGAUGAGAUACAGCUUUACAACGAACAGAUCGAAAACCUACGGAAGGAGACAGAGGAGGCUGAGCGGUCUCUGGAAAGGUCAUCCUAUGACUGCAGGCAGCUGGCUGUGGCCCAGCAGACCCUGAGGAAUGAGCUAGAUCGGUAUCAUCGGAUCAUUGAGAGCGAAGGCAACAGGUUGAGCUCGGCUUUUAUCGAGACUCCUAUCUCUCUGAUCACCCCGAGCCAUGAGGCCUUUCUCAGCCUCGGAUCCAGUGUGAAAGAUCUCGCCAGGGUUGUGCAGGAUAUCACGGCGGCUAAACCGAGACUAAAGGUCCUCCCCAAGAGCCUCCCGAAAAGAAAGGAGCUCAUAGCUCAAGACAAAGUGGGUGAAACUCUGGAAGAUACACAGUUAAAAACUCUGCAAGAACCAAACCCAGGGCAGGUGGGACUUAAAGCCAACAGUGACUCUCAGCUGGCUCCAGGGGGUGGACAGGAAGGAAGCCCAACCCAGGAGGAGGGUCCCGAGGAUGUACCAGAUGGGGCCCAGAUAAGCAAAGCCUUUGGGAAGCUGUGUAAAGCAAUCAAAGAGAGAGUGAGUGGUCCCAAAGAGCCUGUGCCAGAGCCACCCCCUGACCUCUUCACCAAAGGGCGGUAUAUACUGGUCACGGGGGAUGGCAGUUUUGUGGCCCCUGAGUUUUACUCCUCCUCCAUCCCAGCUAGAGGAGGGGUGGUGGUUUCUGUACCUCAUGAUGGUCAUGUGGAGCCCUCUCCUGGGCAGCCCAUGCCAUCUUUGGAGAAUGGACAAGGGGUUCCCCAGGGCAGGGAAGGUGACCACUCAAACCACCAGCAGGUUACAGAUAAGAAUGGGAUAGGGGCCAAGGAACCAAAAGACCUGGACUCAAAAGAAGAUGAUGGCCAGAAGGAAGAUGAGGGGCCCAGGCAACCCUGUUCUGUGAUCAUACCUGGUCCUGAUGGACCAUCAACAUCCCAUUCACAAACGUCUGGGUCCAAUCAGGGUGGACCAGAGGGGCCUGGGAGUAAGAGCAGUAACCUGCCGGCAAAAAGUCCUUCUAAGGCUUUAGCUUUUAAGAAGGUAGAGGUGGUGGAAUCUAUUGAGAAGAUUUCAACAGAGAGUAUUCAGACCUAUGAAGAAACCUCUGUCAUUGUGGAGACUGUGAUUGAAAAGACAAAGGCUAACAAGAAACCGGGAGAGAAGGGCUCUUAA